AGUGUCGUGGCCUUCUGGGUGUCUCUUCUCUGUCGAUUGUUGUGAUUUUCUUGUGCUCGAAAGCUUUUGAGCUUGGAAACUUGUUUAUGCAUCGCAUUCUGUAAAGACUACAAAGUGGCACAUUUUACUGCAAGCUUACGAUUAUUAUAACGACUGCAUGUGCGGAUUGGAUAGAACGCACUAUAUAUAUAUACCUGUCAUAACCAGUGUUUUGGUGUUCCCGGAUGUUUUGAAAUCAACUUUGACAUAUUGAAAAAUAUUACUUUUUUUGAGCAUUUCAUUUGAAAAAAUUAAAGUUUCUUUUUUUCUGAAUUUACGUUUGGAUAGAAAGCAGAAAUGGAAGAAAAGCGUGGAGUAGAGAGGAAAAUUGAAAGAAAAGCUUCGGAAAAACACAAACAAUUAGCUAAUUUUAUAAAAGAAAUACACACGCAGUUGCGCAUCGACUCCGAAAAGUAUGGAGCAGAGGAAACGUGGAAAACACAUAUCACCCGGAAUGAUAAGCUCAACCACUAUGCAGAAUCAAUGUAUCAGCUGGCUACUGAGCAUUGGGUUGAGAAAUCUAAAACAAGUGCUCCACUUACAUACUGUAGAGUAGAGUGGAUCAAGCAUCAAUGCAAAGAGUAUUUUUUCAAUGGAGGUAUGGAGAAAUUUGAUGAUAAGGAAGUACAUCUUCUAAAUAAAGAUAUUGAGGAAUUGAAGAAGAUUGACUAUAGUACAAAAAUCAAAACCACAAUUGAUUCCAAGAUUAACGUACUUGAUGUUGGUAGUUGCUAUAAUCCAUUUAGUUCAGAACAUUUGUUUUCUGUGACAGCUAUAGAUAUAGCUCCUUAUUCAAAAGAUGUUACUAAAUGUGAUUUCUUAAAUUUAAAUGUAGGAAAUACAAAAAUUUUCCUAGAAAGUGAACAAGCAUUAAUUGAAUUGCCUAAGAAUUCUUUUGAUGCAGUUAUUUUUUCCUUACUGCUGGAAUACAUUCCAAGCCCAGAGCAACGUUUUUUAUGUUGCCAAAAAGCGUAUGAUUUACUUAAAAAUGGAGGUGUAUUAAUCGUUGCAACUCCAGAUUCAAAACAUAUGGGUGCUAAUACAAAAGUUAUUAACACAUCUUGGAAAGUUGUGUUGGCUAAAUUGGGAUUCAUGAGGAUUCAGUAUGAGAAACUUCCUCACAUACAUUGCCUAGUUUUUAGAAAAUGUUUCUACAAAGUAGCUGCUAUGAAAAAAAUAGAUUGGAAGAAGAUCAAUGAAGAAGAUGAACUAUUUUCCUCUGGGAAAAUUUUCAUUCCACAAGAUUUUCACACAAAACUGAAAGAGGAAAUUCCUGAUACUAGUUUUAAGAAAUUUGAACACAAUGAUCAGGAGUUGGUCAGUCUGUUUGGUGAAUUGCCUUGUGAAGAUUGAUAAAUAUUAUUUAAAAAUAUUAAAAAAUCGUUGUAAAUAUAUUUUUUAUGCAAGCUUAUGAAGAUCCAAUGCCAAUCAUUUUUUACUGGAUCUUAGUAAGAGUACUAUUUUUUAUUCUAAAGUAAUCCGUGUAAUUUCGGACAUAUAGUAUAAAAUAAUUUCUAAUAAAUUAUUAAAAACAA